UCGACAGACGCUUGACCCUGCAAGAGCGGCCAUUUAUUCAGUGUGUUCAGAGUCUUAUACUAUACUACACGUACAUUUUUAUUUCUUGUUAGUGUUUUUUCAAGUCUUAAUAAAUUUCAAGUUUUUAUAAGUUUUUAAAAUCACUAAUAACAUGGCCGGUUCGAUCGCUGACAAUGCUGCAAUCUACAAAAAGAAGCCGUUUGCGUACGUUCCACCGUCAACUCCGGCUACCCUAAUAGAUUCUACAUCCUACACAUUGGACUUUACCUCUCGAAAAUUUUUACUUGUUGGAAUCGAUCCGACUGAUGAUUUCCAAACAGUCAUCCAUAUAUUGACUUCUUCACGUUACGUAAAGUUGUCAACAGAUUUUCUAAGACGAAUAUUCUCGCUUAUGGGUAACGUGCUAUCAUUUAUACUAGAAAUACCUACAUCAUAUAAACGAAAUACAUUUCUCGAGACAGAUUUUUUCAAAUUAUCGAGUAUGGUGUAUGUAGGAGUAAAUGUUUUAGUAAUAGAAUCUAAAACUGAGGACGGGUGUAGAGUUCUUUUGAAUCGUUCAGAUCUAAUUCAGCUUCAGAACUUGGAAUGGAGUAUUGCUGCGAGUAUACGGGAAAAAGAUAUUUUCAUCAAACCCAAAAUUAUAAAACAAAUGAACGAAUAUUCCGAGAAUUUGAUCGGGAAAAUUCUUCAAGUGGAUUCACCGCCUAAUAAUGUACGAGAAAUGCAAAUUUUCAUUAACAACCAAGAAGUUAAGCAAACCAGUGAAAACCAAUUCCUCAACCAAAUCAGAAUGUUUGCACCUAUACAAUUAACCGAACUUUGUAUGAAUCGUCUGGUGACACCAAACACCCCAGAGCCAUAUGACAAGAAUUUUAGAAGCCCGUCAUUAAUGAUACCAAGCUAUUCACCUGUCAACGCUGCUAACUACAAAUCGUACGAAGACCCCAUUAGAAGUAAUGGAUUUAAUCUGACGGAUGAGGAUUAUGAUUUAUCUAAGGUAAUUUAUUAAAUAAUUUUUAGUAAAAACAAUUUAUUGAUUUUAUAUUUAUUUUUCCAGCCGAUAGAUCAUUUUGAUGGUCCAACGUCACCCGAUGAUAGCUGUAGCCAACAACUGUCGUUCGACGAAAAUGAUGGGCCUGAUUUUUUUCAAUCUAAACCAUGCAUCGUCUCAAUUCAAGACACCACGGACAUCUCGAUCAACUAGUGCUGAACCCCAAACACCGUUGCGUAAAGUAAAACGUAGACUUUUCUAAUAAUUUAUGUAAAAUAAAUAAUUUAUGUAAAAUAAAAAAAAAGACGUGAUAUAUAAG